AUGAAUGUUGGAGGGAAGAUGAAGGUCUUUUCCGUUCUUCUGACAUCCUGUCUACUGGGACUCUGCCAUUGCAAGAGGUCCAGAGUUCCCACCGACAGACUGGUUAUCGAGGUUCUAGACGACUAUGUAGAGGAUGAGAUUGUGACCACUUAUCUCGUAGAGGGGGUGGAUGGGCACGAAUCUUCUGCAUGGACUGGGAAGAGACUGGUCUGGGAUCUUGCCAACGGAACCAUCUAUGAAGUAGAGUACACACUGCCUUUGGCUCUUAGAUACAGUGAUGAAAAGGUAGAAGAUGUGGCACUUUUUAGUGAAGCUUCUUCAGAGGAAGUAGAUACUCAAUUAGCCGACUAUGCCAGACAGCCUGAUUUCAGUCCCCCAAAAGAUCCAAGAACAGUGGACCUUGCUUGUCUUAAGGAUCCCCGCUACAAGGUACUAGACGUCGACAUUGCUGGAGCGCCUGCAAGGGUUUACAUUGUCGAUCACAGGGAAGAUGUAAAGAGGGUAAAGUAUAAUGGGCAGGAUGUAUGGAUAGCAUCUAGGGUUGUUGCGGAUGAAAAGGGAUAUAAGACUCCAGGGAAGUGUGGUUAUUGCAUAACAUUUCUCAAGGGUACUGCCACUGCCAUGAUACUGGUCAAUAUAUAUGAUAUGACUGUGUACCGGGAAAUAUUUAAAUACAAGGAAAAGGCGGGAUAUUUUGGUGUAGGCGGGCCAGGUUGGUCGAGAUCAAUAACUGAAUAUGCUCGGGAAAUUGCCGCUCUGAAAACAUGCACGGGUCCACCAACAGGCUUUACUCUGGAUAUUUCCUCUGUAAAAGGUAACGGUAAAUUUAGGCUCACCAAAUCCGUUGUCGAGGGCAUAACCAUCCACUAUUACUCCUCCAAGCCUGGCAAUCUCAUAGAAAAGGUUGUGGAUGGGUCAGCUGGCCUAUGGAAUGCUGAUCACGACACCGUUUGCUACCUCUGUGAGCUCUAUUCCGAUAAUGGCUAUAGACUGCUGAGAAUACACACUGAGCAAAAUUACAAGAUUAAACUCCACUAUUUUGAGGAUGAGGGCUCUGGAUGGAGUACUCUGAAAAAAUAUGAAUUUGAAGAAAGACUUGAGAGAAUGCAGUAG